UUGUGUGUUUCAUAAUGUUAAACAACAAUGAAUUAGGUCUUAAUCUUAGAAUAUUGCUGGUGGCUACACUGGCGGUGAUUGUUAUCAGCGGUGCCAGCAUCACGGCAGAUUCGGGGGAAGACAAGGACAAAGAGGAGUGCACUCAGCAGCUCGUCGGACUGGCAACAUGUUUGCCUUAUGUCGGGGGAACGGCUAAAGCUCCGACUCCGGAUUGUUGCGGUGGUCUGAAACAGGUUCUUAAGAACAACAAGAAGUGUUUGUGUGUCAUAAUUAAGUAUAGGAAUGACCCUGACCUUGGUCUCAACCUCAAUGUCACUCUUGCCUUGACCUUGCCUUCUGUUUGCAAUGCACCUGCUAAUGUUUCCAAGUGCCCUGAGCUUUUGCACAUGGAUCCCAAUUCCCCAGAAGCCCAAAUUUUCUAUCAGCUUUCCAAGAAUUCCACUUCCAAUGGUGGUGAUGGAAGCCCUGCAGCUGCUCCCGGUGGAAGUGUAGAAGGUCCGGCAAGCUCAAGCUCAAGCUCAAGCGAGGAAGGAAAGAGCCCGGAGAUACAAAAGGGUGACGGCCUUUGGCGAUUCGACCCUUCUAAUUCAGGUGGAGAGGUGCAGUCAGUGCAAGGUCGACUGUUAGCAGGUGGCUUUCUAUGA